GAAUGUAGCCUAGCCCCGCCUCUCAACCCCGUCUCCUGCGUGGGGUCACUGCGAGCGGUUGAGAAUGCGCCUUAUGUGAGCGAGCCGCGAGCUCCGCUUGGCUGUUCCUGCCUCUCUCCAGCUGAUGGGGCCCGCCUGGUGCGCGCGGGGAGUUGCUUGAGCUCACCCAACCUCCCCUCCUCACCCUCAUUCUCGUCAUGAGGCGCAGUGAGCGGAGAGGUCAUGGAGUCGGGGCCGGCAAGGCAGCGCUGGAGGAGCAGCCGCCGCCGCCGCCUAACGGCGCCGCUUCUUCCCCGGCUACCGAGGGGAUGCUGGGACUCCGCGGAGACCCACUGCCGGCAGUAGCAGCAGCAGCAGCAGCUCACGGCGGCCGGCGCAGUACGGAGUCCGAGGUGUAUGAUGAUGGGACCAACACCUUCUUCUGGCGAGCGCACACCUUAACAGUCCUGUUUAUCCUUACCUGCACCCUGGGAUAUGUGACACUACUUGAAGAGACCCCACAGGAUACAGCUUACAACACAAAGAGAGGCAUUGUUGCCAGCAUUUUAGUCUUCCUGUGUUUUGGAGUCACUCAAGCUAAAGAUGGGCCAUUUUCAAGACCUCAUCCAGCCUACUGGAGGUUUUGGCUGUGUGUCAGUGUUGUGUAUGAGCUUUUCCUCAUCUUCAUACUCUUUCAGAAUGUACAUGAUGGAAGACAAUUUAUGAAAUUCAUUGAUCCUAAUCUAGGAGUCCCCUUGCCAGAAAGAGAUUAUGGUGGAAAUUGCCUUAUUUAUGAUCCAGGCAAUGGGACGGAUCCAUUUCACAAUAUCUGGGACAAAUUGGAUGGAUUUGUUCCUGCUCAUUUCCUUGGCUGGUAUCUAAAGACACUUAUGAUUCGUGACUGGUGGAUGUGCAUGAUCAUCAGUGUAAUGUUUGAAUGUUUGGAGUACAGUCUAGAACAUCAGCUUCCAAACUUCAGUGAAUGUUGGUGGGACCAUUGGAUUAUGGAUGUACUCUUGUGCAAUGGACUUGGCAUCUACUGUGGAAUGAAGACUCUGGGGUGGCUUUCCUUGAAAACAUAUAAAUGGCAAGGACUUUGGAACAUUCCCACAUACAAAGGUAAAAUGAAGAGAAUUGCCUUCCAGUUCACACCAUACAGCUGGGUUAAAUUUGAGUGGAAGCCAGCAUCCAGCCUUCGCAGAUGGCUAGCAGUCUGUGGUAUUAUUUUUGUAUUUCUUUUGGCAGAAUUGAACACUUUUUACUUGAAGUUUGUCCUGUGGAUGCCUCCAGAACACUACUUGGUCCUGCUGCGACUUGUAUUUUUUGUGAAUGUGGGAGGUGUAGCCAUGAGAGAGAUCUACGAUUUCAUGGAUGAUCCGAAAUUCCACAAGAAGUUGGGUCAGCAGGCAUGGCUUGUUGCUGCUAUCACAGCUACUGAGUUCCUUAUUGUGGUAAAAUAUGACCCCUAUACCCUAACAUUGUCGCUUCCCUUCUACAUUACUCAGUGCUGGAUCCUUGGAAUCAUACUUGUGCUCACUUGGACAGUGUGGCGCUUCUUCAUUCGUGACAUCACCUUGCGGUAUAAAGAAAUAAGACGACAAAAGCAGGAGCACAAAUAUGGAAAAGACAAGUCUUUAAGCAAUGGUGAUGGACAUUCUAUACUGGCAGCUGAGCACAGUGGGAAUAAACUGAGAGAGAGAAAAGUUUGAACAUUACUAAUGAAUUAACGGCUAAGAGGGUUAUUUUGCUUAAGUCAAUCUGGUUGCCUUGACGUGCAAGUUUAACCCUGUCUAGUUUUGUAACUUCUGUGUUUUCUCGUGUGAGAAUCCUAUUGGAAAAGGUACCACCUAAUCUUGUUUGGGCAAGAAUGUUACAACUAAUGUUAGAAGCAAUGUUCCUCCCAUACGGGGACCUCCACCUGAGUGUGUUGUUUUUGUGUCAUCUUACAAAAAGGAGAAUUGGGGAGGCUUAAGCAGGUGCAAAGGGAAUAGAGUUGCCCCAGUAUUGGAAAACUGUUACUGCUUGGGGCAUCAGGAACACAUUUUCUGGAAUAAAUAUGUGCACUGUGAAGAACAGUUUGAUAUUGUCUGCUGAAACUACCUUGACCUGCGGUGUAAUAUUCUUGUCCUUUUGAUUCAUUCACCAUUUAGGACAGUAUCUACAAGAUAAAUGGAGGGAUGCAAUUUGAAGCGUGAAACACACUGCAUAACUUGCACAAAAACUAUUGCAACAGCCUCUGGAGGUCCUCGAUAUAGCUGCCUAUUUCACAAAGCUAAGGUGCAUUAUCUUGAAGCAGCCUCCUAGUUUUGUACUACAUAAUAUUGAUACCAAAUACCUCUUCAAUUCAUAUUUAUCCUGGUUAUCCCUUUAGGUCAGAAUAUUUUACUUAACUUUGCUGCCCCUUAGCCAAAAAGAGCAAGUGAAGGCUAACAAAAGUAAAGAAGAGUUAAUCCACCAAAGCUCCAAGUUCUUGCCUUAUCAUACUACAGAGCUACUUUCUGUUCUUGCCAAGGCUAUGCUUGCUUCAGUCUUGGGGCCCAUAUUGUGCAAGGCAGAGCAUGUCAUAUGAUCCUCCAGAACUGUCUUGUUACUUCUAGAGUUUAAGCUGCACUAAAUAACAUGGGGAUUUAUGUAGGUGUACACAACCACUCAAUGCUGGAAGGCUACUCCUGAUGCCUCAUGAGAGUCUCCAGUCAAGGGCACUGGCUGUCUUGCUUGAAGCUCAUCUACCAAAACCAAGCUUGGACAAAUGGUGUUCAUAACAUGAACAUCUCCUCUCUACAAUGAUAUUGUCAUAGGAACUUGUUGCACAUUCCUAAAACAGCUAUGCGGGUUUCCCUUUAUGUGACACUACAUUAAUUUAAACAAUAUAACAGUCUUAAAUCUGUUGAAACUUUUAAGAAUUUUGCUUUGAAAUGACCUUUUUUAUUUUGAAGUACAAGCUACAUUUAGCCCUCCUCUUGCCACCCUCAACCCCUACAAGAUCUCAAAAAUGCUGCUGGUUAAAGUACAGUAUGCAGACCUUAGCUCCCUCUCAUGUCAAUACUUGAAUGGCAAAACAUAGCCUGCCUUUCCUUGUUUCUAUAGUGACACUAAUAUGUUCUCCUCUUAAACAAUGGAUACUUUCAUCAGGGCAAAAUAAAAAUAUUUCCAUAUAAAUGAAUCUUUGAAAGCUCAACAAAUGAAGCAAUUUUUAAGCAUACAAAAUAAUUGAAGGCACUCCUCUUCAUACUCCUCAGUAUGAAGAAGGUUGCAUGAAGCUUAUUUCUUGAUUUGUACAUAAUAUACUGCAGUUUAACAAUUGAAGGCCAAUAUUUAAAACUAGAAUUUAUCUGCUGCUCAGUAAAACAAUGGCUGUUACUAGACAUGAACAGAUUUGUUUUUUUUAAGGGCAGAUGCUGAGUUGAGCUGAUACAGAUUACAAGCCUCUCCCCACAUAUGGAUGCAGUAGGUUUUGGAAGUUCAGGUUCAUUUUGUACCUGUCUGUGUGAACUGACUAGAGGUAGUGCUAGUGUACUUGUGCUAGUGUGGCUCCAGCUCUGCAAGGCUUACAUGGGCAUUUAGUCCUUUUCUCUUUUUGUACUAGUAAACUCCGCCCCCCUUGUAAUUUUGUAUUGUUAUGUCCUCCUUGUAAUUCUGGUGGUAACAAGUGCAGUGGGGAGAACUUGAUAGGGAUUUUUUUUUUUUUUUAAGGAACCAAUUGUGUAAAAGUGGAAGUAUAAGAUGCGGGGCGGGGGGGAACCCUUGUUUCCCAUUUUGAAGCUGACCUAAUCUCAAAAAUAUUUUCUUUUGUAUCGAUCUUUAUGUUCAUUAAAAUGUUGAGUUAUAAACUGGAUAACUGAACAAAUGUAAUAAAAGAAUGUUUGCUGGUA